AUGUCGUAUGCUUCACUAAGGCUGAACAAAGGCAGCUGCCGUGUGCCUGAUCGCUCCUGGCGAACGCUGGCCUGGCUGGCGCGCCUGCAAGGCUACGAUUGGCAGAACUGGUUCAAUGGCAGUUUUCCCACCGACCUCGUGGGUUGGGAGACCUGGGAUCAUCCCACGAGGACCAAACCGCAACUCCUUGGCCCCUCCAACUUCAGCCUCUACUCCCACGGUGUCAACAACGCCGUGGCGCUGAAGUGGGCCGCCGCCUGGAGCCACGUCUACGGUCCCCCGGAGCUGGCAGAGGCAUCUCUCUUUGCCUGGCAACGGCUUUCACAGCACCAUGGUCUCCCUUCUGGCAGCUUUGGCGCCGAUGAACAUUUGGCCGGCUCCGAUGCCUUCCGGGGGACGGAGCUCUGCGUGGUGGUGGAAUCCAUGAGGAGCCUUGAAGAAUCUUACGCUGCACUGCCGGACAGGCCCGAGUUGAUCGACGCCUUGGAACGUUUGGCCUUCAACGCCUUGCCGGCCGCGGUGUCGGAGGAUCACUGGACACAUCAGUAUUUGACCCAGAGCAAUGCCAUCUACACCGGCAUUGAGUCAGUCAAUGCUGAUGACACACAGCCAAUCAUGUCGGAGGUCUUUGGCAAUGUGGGUUUGGAUGCCACGGUCUACGGCCUCUCACCGAACUUCCCCUGCUGCACGGUGAACUUCGGCCAGGGCUGGGGGAAGUUUGUGGCCUUGGGUCUGUGGCUCUUCGACGGCGGCGGAGAGAUGGAGAUGCCUUUGCUCCUCUCGGCCGCCUUCGCACCAUCCAUGGUGCGACUGCCUUGGCCUUUGGAGGGCGAGGUGGAAUUGGACACGGUCUACCCAUUCAAUCCUGAGGCCCCCUUGCGCUAUAUCGUUCGAAAAGCGAAGGUGCCGUUCCAACUGUUGGUGCGAGUACCACAGUGGGCGGACUUGCAACGUUCGCAGGUGCAUGGGAGCCAUGGACCACUUCCCAUUCCAAGUGGUGAACGCCCAUCAGUCUUCGUCUUGCCGGUGCAUGGAGACACAGUCUGGGAGGUCCGCUUCGCAGCGGAAUGGAAACUGGUGGAGCGUCAUGGCAGUGGCUAUUUUUCGUUUGGACCCUUGACCUUUGUCAAGCGCUUGCAACAUCGCAGCAUCAAACUGCCUCCGGAUGAUGGGCCAUAUGGACCUGGUGCACAUCCACCCGCGGCAGUGAGGGAUGAAAUGCUGCUCCCCACCGAAGAUUGGGCCUUUGGCUUUCUUCUCAAUCACACCUGGCAAAGAGGCAUCACAGAGUCCACCAAGUUUCUUCCCGGCGAAGUAGUGAGUUUCGAGGCUUGUCCCAUCCGGACCUCGGUCCCCGGAGCUUCACUGUCGCAGAGUCACAUGAGCUUGGCGCCCCGACCCAAGGAUUUGAACAUCACGGGGACCUUGGAGUUGAGCAUCUCAGUCUCGGUGGGACAGGAAUAUCCCAAUCUAUGGUGGGAUCCCAAGAAAUAUCUGGCCAUGGAUGCCGCACCAACUAUGGCCUAUUGGUUUGUGGCUGGAAAGAAGUUCGUUGGCCUCAGGACUUGA